AUUUGCCCGGCGCCGCGCCAGCCCCGGCGGGCACGGGGAGGCGCGCUCCGCUCCACUCCCUCCCUCUUCCCUCCUCCUCCUCCCGGCACCGCUCCCUCCCCCGGUCCCUCCUUCUCUCGUCACCGGCCGGGCUAUAAAUCCCCUUCCCGGGCAUCGUCCCCCCCGCGCGGGCGGGCGACCCUGGCACUCUCGGCCCCCGCUGUAGCCGUGCCCUUCGCCUCGCGGGACGCCCGCGCCCCUGUGCCGCCGCCGCCGCCCGCUCAGCCCGGGGAGGGGCAUCGCGGCUGCCCGCCAUGUCGGACAAGCACGCCGAGGAGGCGCCGCCGGAGCUGAGUGCCAAGGACCUGAAAGAAAAGAAGGAAAAACUGGAGGUGAAAUCUAUUCACAAAGAAAAGAAGAAAGAAGUAGUAGAGGAUGAGGAGAAUGGAGCUGAGGAAGAGGAGGAAGAGAGUCCUGAGGAUGUUGACGACGAAGAAGGAGGAGAAGAGGACGAAGAUGGAGAUGAGAAUGGGCAAGAGCAGGAUCGACACACAGAGAAGCGAUCUGCAGAGGAGGAAGAGGAGGAUGAAGUGGAUCCAAAGAGACAGAAGACAGAAAAUGGGUCUUCAGCUUGAGUCCUCUUCCCAUCCAUGCGCCGUCCAUUUCUCUCCCUUCCAGCCCACGCUUAUACUGCCCAUUUAGUCUCUGGCUUCACACAGUCUCAGAUGAGGAAGGAUUAAAAAUGUUGCCAGAUAGGGAAAGGGGCAGUUUCCCUUCUUUCCCAAGGUCCAGUAUGCUUACAGUGCU